CCAGAGCCUCCAAUCGAUCACAAAUUGCCGUUGCAUGUCGGGAAUCCAGAAAAUUGUUUCAUCGUAGGAAUCGAGUGCGGGGAAGCGCCGUGAGAGAGCGAGCGAGAGCGACAGAGAGAUUGGGUCAGGGAUGACUACGGGAGGGAUGAGUGCCGCGAGAGGCAUGAGUGCCUUGUUCCGCUCCUCGCAAAUGGCGUCGGCAAUGCGGUUGCGAGCAGGCGCUGGUUUGCCCGUAGGUAGCAUGGAAGUUCCUGCUCAUCCUCUUCCUGAGAACGCAGAGCUUAUUUGGGACGAUGGAAGUCCGUUCCCAGAGCCAUGUCUUGACAAUGUAGCUCCUAUGGUGGGCAAGUAUGAAGCGCUGGCUUGGCUCUUGGGAGGCAUGGGAUUGUUUGCCGGGAUUGGUGGCUUGGCUGCUUGGAAUGACAAAGCUUCACGAAUUCCUUGGGCACCACGGGAGUAUCCUUACGACGACUUAAAGGUGGAGCUUGGUAAAGAGUGAACCUUGGUAGAGUAGUCAGUCCUAAAGCUGGUAGAUUGAAUCAGAUCAUUACAUCUGCUGUGUUCUUUGCAGGGACUAAACUGAAGGAAGUUCUUUAUCAGUUAGUUUUAGAGCAUAUAUUGAACCUCAAACUGUGUUGGUUGUCUGAGAUAGGCCUCCGAGCCAUACGAAGACUUCAUGUAGAAUGGCUUAGUACCUGCAGAUGACAUCCACGUGCUCAUCUCUUUGUACAGGCUGACUGAAAUAAAGUGAUGAUAGUAGGUUCAAGAGUGUUCUUAUUUUUAUUUAUUAUUUACUUAUUGA